AUGCUUCCUGGAGAUAAUGGUAGUGACAAUGGGAAAGUGUCAAUAUUGCAAGGACCCCCUGGUCCACAAGGCCUCCCUGGAGACAACGGAAUUCCUGGAAUCCCUGGAUUUCCAUGCAUUGGAUCUGCGGAGUCCAACAAUGACAAUGACAACGAUAACGAUGAUGGACCAGGAAGUGAUGAUCGUACAUCAACCAAUGUAAUUGGAACGACUGGAUCUGUGUAUGUGAGAUGGGGAAGAUCGACAUGUGAAGAUACUGCUGAACUAGUUUAUGAAGGUGUCAUGGGAGUAGCGCGUCACAUUCAUAAAGGUAGUGGUUCUAACUACCAAUGUCUGCCAUUGAAUCCUAUUCAUGACGACGUAGUAAGUGGUACCGGAGGGUACAGGGCUUUGAUGUAUGGUUCAGAGUAUCAGAUGAACACAUUCAGCCCUUUGUCAGCUGUGCACGAUCAUGAUGCAGUAUGUGCAGUGUGCAGAGUUCGUUCUCGUGGUACCGUCUUAAUGGUUCCUGCUCGUAAUGAAUGCCCGUCAACUGAGUGGACCAGAGAGUAUUAUGGCUAUUUGAUGUCCGAUUACUAUGACCAAACAAACACGGAAUUUAUCUGUGUAGACCGUAAUCCUGAAGGAAGAGAUGGUAGUAGCGCAAACCUCAAUGGAGCGUUGUUGUAUUUUGUAGAGGGUCGAUGUGGGUCACUUCCAUGUGGUCCAUAUGUCAAUGGCAAUGAAUUGACAUGGUUAUCAAAUAAUGAUUAA